AUGCCUGCAGCGAUCAACCGCCCCCCGCUAAGGGUGGCCAUAAUAGGAGGUGGCAUUGGCGGGCUCUGCACUGCCCUCUCGCUCCAUUAUCAUUGUGGCUCGCACGUUGACAUAGAUGUCUACGAGCAAGCUCCCCAGUAUAAGGAGAUCGGUGCCGGCGUCGGCAUCGGCGUCAAUGCUGCAAAGCUGCUCCAUAAGAUAGGCAUUGGGGAGACUGUGUCCAAGAUCUCCGGGAAGCGCAGUGGCAUCUGGAUCACGUUUCGCAAGUUCGACGAUGGCACGGAUGUGGUGACUGUGCCGUCCGUGGAUACGGACCAGAUCAAGCAAUUGCCCGUGCAUCGCGCCGAGUUUCUGGACCUGCUGGUUGAUAUCGUGAAGCAGAAGGAUGCAGCCAGGCUUCAUACCAACAAACGGUGUCGCAAACUUACGGAGCAAGGAGACGAGGUGUUCAUUGGAUUCGAGGACGGGACGACCGCUACUGCCAACCUGGUUGUCGGCUGCGACGGCAUCCAUUCUGCCGUCAGGGCACAGUUCACCAGCGACAAUCCCGACUACAGUGGACGGAUCGCAUACCGGGGCCUAGUGCCCAUCUCCGAGAUCGAGGACUGGUGGGGGUUUGAGACGUACUCGGUGACAUGGCUGGGGAAGAACCGGCACUUUCUGUGCUUCCCCAUCUCCCGGAACAAGACGCUCAACAUCGUCGCGUUCGUGGCCGAAAAGGAGGAGAACCUGGGCGACCUCAGGGAAAGCUGGACGGCGGUGGGCAAGAAGGAUGACGUCUUUGAGGCCUUCAAGGGGUUCGAGGAAAGAGUCCAGAAGGUCAUCCAGCUGAUGCCCGAACAGCCGUCCAAGUGGCUGAUCAAUGACCGCAAACCUCUCGAUCAGUGGGUGUAUCUCGGAGGCAAGGCUGUGCUACUAGGAGAUGCUGCCCACGCCAUGACUCCUCACCAAGGCGCUGGAGCAGGCCAGGCGAUUGAGGAUGGAUAUAUCCUCGGCCGAGCACUGCAGGACUACUUUCGAAGCUCGUCGUCCGAGAAAGACAGCCUCGAGUCGUGGGCCAGGGUAUACCAGGACGUACGCCUCCCGCGCGCACAGAAGGUGCAGCGCACUUCCAGAGACGCGGUCGAGGUGUACCAGGCCCAGGCGGACAUUAUGAAGGAUCUCCCCUUCGACCAGUGCGUGCCCGAGAUUCACAAGCGCGUGAUUGACCGGAUGCGCUGGGUGUGGACGGACGACAUUGACGCCGAGUAUGACCAGGCGGUGAAGAGGCGGAAGGAUUUGGGCAAACUGUAG